GCCAUAGCAGGAGGUCACGGCAAGACAGUGCAGGUGCUACUCGGCAAGGGCGUAGACAUCAACAUGCAGGGCGGAGACUACAACAGCGUACUGCAAGCCGCUUCAGUAAGAGAACACGACAAGAUCGUGCAGAUGCUGCUCGUCAGAGGUGCAGACGUCGUUGCCGAGGGCGGGUGA